AUGGCCAACACAGACAGAACUGCUGGAGCUCAACAAGCAACCGACUUCACGCCAUGGCUGACACCUUCCUUGCCCAAGUUAGAAAAGAUAAUCGUCAUCGAGAACGACGCUGAGUUGGAGCAAAAAAUUAUGAACAGAGUGUGGGACCAGGCGGUCAAGUCGCCCAUCACAUCGGACCAUGAUCAUUAUUUCUGGCCAACAAAGCUUUUCGAGCACUUGUUCGAUAAAGAAACCGUCUAUGUCAUUGUCCGCCAUGUUUUCAGACAAAGUUCACUCACCAAGGUACAUGACGAGAUUUCAUUCGACCACUUCUGUCGAGAAUGGACUUGCCGAAUUCUUGGGCUGAAUGGAGCUCCUGCAAAGUACCGGCUCAUCUUUGCGAUCCUUGUCCUCAUGCAGAAAGCUUCUUCCAUCCAGAAUUUUGUCGACGCGGGCUUUAGUGACGAGAAGUUACCUCUAGCCCAACACGAAAUCCGAAUGUAUCAAGAUCAGAGAUAUGGCCAACCGAAUCUGCCUUUUGGUAGAUGGAACCCUCUCAAUGGGGACACUUUUUAUAUCUUACAGUGUCGCCUGUUUGUCCGUUACAUUGCACAAUCUCCGAGCAAGGGCGAAGUGUCUCACUACGAGUUCGAGAAUGCUCACAUACUCCCGUGGGUCAAGAUAUCCAACCCUGUCUCCAUCUUUGCAUCGGAGGGUUUGACUACGAUGAACUUGAGUGGUGGCUUCGGAGAGGUGAAGCAAAUUGUCAUCCACGCCUGGCAGCAUGGGUUUCAAGAGAGCCUCAAGAAGAUCUCAGCCGCACCAGGAUGCUUUGCUCUCAAAAGACUGUACAUCUCAGAUAAGAGUGAAUUCGACGAAGAAGUCCUGCAGUUGAAGCGUUUCGGAGGAAGACAUGACCACAUAGUUACACUCCUCGCAACAUUCAGCCGUCACACCAACAAUGGCCUUGAGUACCUUCUCUUAUUCCCUUGGGCCGAAUGCGAUCUACUCGACUUUUGGAAGAGAAAUACAGCAAUUAAAAGAAAUCAUAGUUUCUUUCUUUGGACUGUGGACCAAAUUCGUGGCAUCACAGGUGCUUUGAGCUUCAUUCACGAUCCUAAAGAUGAAGAUCUACGACACCCUAACGGGCAGCCUCUCUAUGGACGACAUGGUGAUAUAAAGCCUGAGAACAUUCUGUGGUUCAAGUCUGAGGGCCUAGGCAAACUGGUGCUUUCUGAUCUUGGUCUUACACGCACACAUAGGCAGGAAAGCCGUUCCAAUCGACCUGGCGAAAACAUUCCCGUCUCCCCAAAUUACAGACCCCCCGAGUGCGAUAUGGAAGGAGUGAAAGGCCGCAUCUCUCGGUCUUUCGAUAUAUGGACUCUCGGAUGCCUCAUCCUCGAAUUCAUGGUCUGGGUCCUCGACGGGUGGGAGGGAUAUGAGAAGUUCAAGGAAAGGCGCAUGUCUCCGUACAUCACUAGCCAUGACACACCUAUCUAUUUCGAAAUCUUGCGAGUUGCCGGGGAACAGUAUGCCUUCAAUAUCAAGGAGAGUGUAACAAAGGAAUUCGACCGAUUGCGUGGGCACCGAUCCUGCUCCCAAUUCAUCAACGAUUUGCUCACCUUGGUUCAAACCCGACUCCUAAUUGUCCAAUCUGAGGAUCUGAAACGAAUUACCAGCGCAGACCUAUUGGAAUCUUUGAAGACAAUGGAGCGCAAGUGCGAAGUCGAGGCCUACUGCCUGACGUCAAUUUCUUCAAAUGUUAAAGUUCCGGUCAUUUUACCUGCCCACGCACGUCUGAAUGAAAUGGCGAAGAAGCACAUUGCCAAUAUUCCAGUCGGCGACAACCAGACCAUCAGGGGUUUUGGUGGUAAGACAAGACCGGCUCUUGGUAACUAG